AUGUCCAACCUCUCGUCGCUCGAUUCCGAGCCGACCCCACAGGCCGCGCCUCCCGAGCCGAUGAGGCUCUUUCUCGUGAACCCGAUGGAGACCAUUAACAAGUUGUCAAAGUCUCAUGGCAAUGGCGCCAUCUUCGCCCUCCCCAAUUUUAGACCAGAUGUGCUACCCGAACUGCGGGAAGAUCCUUGA